CGAAAGUGCCACAUUGACUGUUGAAUUUAAAAAGGUUUUGUUGUUAUUGGAUCAAAACAAAAAUAAAAGAAAUAUUUAAGAAAUAAAAUGAAGUAGUUUCAUAAUGAUUUACUAGAAUUCAUAAAAGACCAAAAAAUCAACAAUGUGGGUGGAGGAUUGUCGCUGGCAUUAUGAUUACGUUCGUUUAGCUUGGGAUUCAGGAUUCUCAUUUGAUAAACAGAAACAACCAAAUCCUGAUAAGAAUAAGAUAUGUCUCAUAGACAUAGACAGAGUUGUUAAAGAAAGAGAUGUAGCUACUGUUGAACAGUUUUUAUCCAUCGUGAUAGGAUAUGUAUUGGAUAACGAACAAGCUGAAAUAUUAGACACUAACUUUGUAAAAGUAUUUCGCAUGAGUCAACUGGCAAGUAGAGUACUUACUAUUCUGCAAGAGAUAUUUAGAUAA